AUGGCCGCGAGUAGUGGUGUUGAGUCGGGCCGCGCGUUGGCCACCGCUUUGCGGCCCGUAUUGGAGACCUAUCGGGUGCUGGCGUUGGAAGCGAUCAACGACUGCCACUGCCGUCACAACACACCCGACGUGUUUCAUCAGCUCAUCAAAUGGGAGCGACUGUACCAUCAGAUCAAAGCCACGGCCACCGCAGCUGAUCCACCGCCGACCGCCACCGAUGCCACACAUGUUGCUGACGACACCAGUGGUGGCCGAACGCCGGGAUCAGAUGUGGACGAAGAGUUGGUGACAGUGUUGUCGAGCUAUCGUCGGUGCGCUUUGGACGCCAUCAACGGGUGUCAGUGUCGGCACAGGUCUGCGUCCGAUGUGUUCGCGAAACUAAUCCAAUGCGAAAGAGAUUACCAUUUAGUGAACGAAGAGUUUACCAAAACUAGUGAUAAUAAUGAGCCGCUGAUCACUGGCGCCGGCGGUGACGGGUUGUCCGCCGCCGUCGCCACUGAUGUGAUGGCCAACAGUGCCGAUGAGUCCAAAUCCAUUGGCGGUGAUAAUGCGGCCAUUGAUUGCGAUAAUAAACUCCAGUCAGCGAUGAGUGACACGAAAGCCGGCGAAUUGUGUGACAAUAAGUCGGCCGCAGUUGAGGCCAAAGUGGACUUAAAACUGGUUAAGAAACUACCGAUUGAUGACAUAAAAUGUGUUAAAAUGGAUAUUAAAGUCGACAUUAAGAGUGAUGUCAAACGCGAUCUCAAAACUGAUAUCAAAACUGAUAUUAAAACUGAUAUUAAAACUAAUGUUAAAACUUAUAGUAAAUUAGAUGUCAAAAGCGAUGAUAAAAGUAUUGACACUUCGCCGCCAUUAGAGUCAAAGAAGUUGUCGCCGACGAGAAGUGAUACGAAACCGGCGGACAGUUGUCCGCAGAAGGAGUUGAUUGAUAUAACAGAUGACACUUCAAGUGAUGACAAUACGACCACUACUGGCGAAGAGUUGCCUAAAAUCAUUGCCACAGAAGAAGUGACAAAUGUCUUAAAUCAUGUGAUAAACACUAACACAACGCAAACCAACGAAAGAGUGCUAUUGAUCUAUAAAGUGGUGCAAUUGAACCAACCAUUGGUCGCAACAACUAUACCAUCGGUGGUAACAAACAUACCAUCGGCGGUAACAGACAUACCAUCGGUGGUAACACAUCUACAAUCGUUGGUUACAAACAUUAGUUUUGGUAGUAAUAACAAUACAAACCAUACAGUCCUACAGUGCUAUUCAAAGAGAGGCAAAACUCCAGACAAUGACAGUUACGACGACAACAGCGCCGUUACCGACAGCCCAUUACCGCCGCAGUUGUCGUCAGUAUCGCCGGAACCGGUGGUCACAAUCAAAAAGAGAUCGAUGUUUAAGUGCGCGGAAUGUCGCAAAAAAUUUAGGUUUGAGAAAAAGCUCAAACUUCACGUGAAAUUAGUGCACACAAAACGGCUCGAGUGUACUCUCUGUGACUUUAAGGCCGUCAGAGCCGACACUCUGGCCAAACAUCAGGCGAAGAAUCAUUCGUAUAGACCAUUGACGGGUCAAAAGCCGUCGCAAACCGACUCAUUGUUGGCCACCGAGAAAACAGUGAGCGAUAAACAGACGGCUACUGAACCCACGCCAGGGCCUGCGCCGCAGCCAGUGGUGGACGCGUCGGAGGAUCCGUACCUAACGGACCGGCCGUUCGUAUGCCAUACGAAUGGCUGUAACAAACGGUACACGACUCGGGACGCGUUGAAGACACACAAGUCGUCGGGCCGUCACUUGACUCAACGCCACUAUCGGUGCGGUGUUUGCGGCAAAACUUUCUUCAAUAAACACGGUCUGUCCAAUCACAAGCGACAGCUGCACUCGGGAAAGGCUAGGCCAGUGGCCGCGGCCUCAGUGGCCACCGUCGACGAGAACAUCGCGUGCACCGAAUGCCGCAAACGGUUCCGCAGUGUCCAGUCGUUGCUGAAACACGUGCGCACUGUUCACGUGGCCCUCGAGUUCGGCUGCGAGUCGUGCGACUUCAAGACACACGUCAAGUAUGAGCUCAAUCGCCACCGACGGCUCAGCCAUCCGGAGCUCAACGCCAGCGGCGUCACAGCCGAACCGUUUAGAUGUCUAGUCAACGGCUGUCCGAUGGUGUUCGCCGCCGAACCCGAGCUGAUCCAGCAUAAGAAGGACACCCAUUGGCGUACGGAUGUGGCGGCCGGCGAUGCGGAACAGUUCGCCUGCGAUUGGCCGCAGUGUACGCGACGGUUCGUGUCCGUCGAGAAGCUCGACAAACAUAAACGACUCCAUAGUUUGGGUAAAAUCAGUACCGAAAGAAUGCCCGCAAAGCGGCCGUCUAUUGCGGUCGACACUAGUCCUCAAGUUUUUGAUUCCUAUGAAGAUAUGUUUGGAGACUCGGCUGAAGACACCGAUGAUGUGAUGAUCGAAGAGAUACCGCAAGAUAUGGACGAAGUAUUGACCGAAGAGAUCGAUAGUUCGGACGACGAGUUGGAGGUUGUGUUCGAGUCGUUGGCCGACAAGUAAUCCAUUAUCACUCGCGAAACAGAGGCCACUAUUUUAUAAGCAUUUGAUAUACACUUGUUUUUUGGUCACAAAAAAGUUGUCACAGAAAUAAUUAUAUCUUUAAAUACACUUAUAUUUUGACUAACAUUUAAAAUAUUUACCAUAAUUUAAAUUUUUUUAGUCCCCCCUCUGCCCCACAUUCCGCCCCUUUUUUAUACUCUUAAUUAUCAAGACUUAAUAUAUUUGAUUAUU